UCUCUAAUCAAGGCAAAGUUAGGAAGGACAUAAAUCUACCCCCACGCUAUAGGCAUCUGUUUGUAUGUUUGUCUGAUAGAGUCUGCCCCUGUCCAUCUCCACCUUGUCUUGUCGGAGAUUAGGGUUUUAUUUUGGGGUAACGUCCCCCAAACACAAACAUCCAUGAGUGCCCACCUGGCAAUGCCCCCCUACCAGCCUUACCCAGCCGGGGUAGGAACUGGAAUAAGGUAUGGAGACUACUACUGGAACUGCCCAGGGGAGAUGGACAAUGUCCCCCACAAAGAGGCAGCAGAUGCUGAUGUCCCGGUCCCAGAGCCAGAGCCAGAGGAGAAGACCCUCCGUAACCCAGAGCUCUCUCCAGCCUCCUCCAGCUCGGGCGCACGCAUGCGGUACACCCCGGACUCAGCCACCAGCCCCAACACGGAGCCCCCAUCCCCGCACCCUGCGAUCCGGAUGGGGGGGGUGGAAAGCGGGGGAGGGGUGAAGAAGGCCAAGAGCCGCACGGCCUUCUCCCAGGAGCAGCUGCAAACCCUGCACCAGCGAUUCCAGAGCCAGAAAUACCUCAGCCCCCAGCAGAUCCGGGAGCUGGGCUCAGCCCUGGGGCUCACAUACAAGCAGGUAAAAACAUGGUUUCAAAACCAACGAAUGAAGUUUAAACGAUGCCAGAAGGAAACUCAGUGGAUGGAAAAAGGGACAUGCCUAUCCCAAGCAGGUUACCUGGAUUUGAACCCCAGUUAUCACCAGGGUUGUCCAGUUAGUGCCAGCAGGAACAUCCAGACUGUGACCAAUGUGCAUCAGAGCUAUGGUAGCAGCCAGACCUAUGGGAGUGGCCAGAGCCUGUACCCCUUCGUGGCUAUCGAGGAGGAGGGGUUCUUUGGGAAAGCUGGGGGAGCCUGCAGCACCCAGCAGGCAAUGGGCUUCUUCAGCCAGCAAAAGAUGAACUUUUAUCAUGGCUUCCCGGCGAACAUGGAUUAUGCCAGCAUGGAGACAGAAGAUGGCUACCACUUCCAGAAUGCCUCUGUCAAUGCAACGUCCUUCCCGGGCACAGCUGGGUACCAGCAGUACCAGCCAGCAUGGCACCCUCAAGGGACGCAAAGCAACUAUAACUCUUAGGCCUAUCCUUUUCCUUUCCCUCUCCCACUCUUUCUUCAGUUUCUCUUAUCCAGCCUCUCAGUUCUUUAGGGCCCUGAUCCUGACUCCUGAGAUGUGUGGAGUCCCCCAGCUCCCACUGACUCCACUGGAGGGGCUUGGCAUGUUGCAGGAUGAUUGGGGCCUCUCUCUCCUUCUCUUCUUUAAGAGGCACCUGUCUGUGUCUGACUCAAGAGGUGCUGCAUGGCUCUGAAGUUGGCUUUCCUCAUAUUGACCCUGGCUGGCUCCAGGAAGAGGCUCUGUAUGUGUAUGGAAAGCCAUGUUCAUACAGGGAAGUUUGUGAAUGUUGGAAUUGGAGAUGAUAGAGUCUGCACCAGUGAGUCCUUUCCCUACCCUAGUGUCCCCAGUACAGCAGUAUCCCCUCUGUACACCCUUUCCCGGCCUUGGUCCAAUCCAUGUUUGAAAUUAACUGAUUUCAAAUACAACACAGAAUACAAAGUGUACAGUGCUCACUUUAUAAUAUUACUUUUAAUUGCAAAUAUUUGCACUGUAAAAAAAUAAACAAAACCCAAGCAUGGGGUUUUCCCUGGGUAAGAUUCUUCCACCCUUCAGCAGACCCCUCACUGUUAGAAAAUGUUCCUGAUUAUGCAACUGAAAUUCCUUCCCCCCCCCCCCGCCCCUUUGUGUGUUCCCUCCCUCCACCAGCCAACCUCCAUAACAUUUGAACAUCUAAUACAUCCUUCAACAGGGAACACUUCCAGCCCUGACCAGGGGCUAGAUUUGGUCAUCUAAUCUUUAAAAAAAAUCUCAGAUUUACUAUGAUUGUAAAUAACUGCAAUCCCUUUUUAAUUAGGACCUGAAUAUCUACUAAACAGUGACAAGAGACUGCCCAAUCCUCAGCUGGUGCAAAGCAGCAUAGCUUCAUCGACAUCACCAUUUGCACCAGCUAAGCAUCUGGACCACCACAGGGGUGAAUGGAAUUCAGAUUCUAAUUUCAAUUCAUUGUGUAAUUAAGAGAAAGAGAGAAAGGAGAUCGAGAAAGAGGAGUAGAGGAAGGAAAAGGGGAGGGAUAGAAAGAUGGAGAAAGUACAAUGUAAGCAAAUGUGGUGGAUUAGGUUAAUAUCCUAAUCCAAGAAAAUUACCUGUAGUGUUUACAAAGUGGCUAACUGUGUCAGUCUGUUUAGGGUGUGCCCAAAUUUCAUGCUAACUGCUCUCCCUCCACAUCUCCCCUGCUCUACUCUGCCAGCAGGCUCCCAGCCCAGCAUGACUCUGGCUAUGGCAUUGCAAGUCAUCAGCACUGUGAGAGCAACUGAUGUCCUCAGGUAUCCAUCUGAUUCUCUUAUAGUAGUAAUAAUAAUAUCUAUACAUGAAGGAUCCCAUAGCACUUCACAAAUUACAACUACAGCACCCCUGGAAUGAGGCCACUCUGCGGUGGAGGGUGGCAGCCAGGCAAAAAUAUUCUAGUUAUUUCAAACCUGAUGCUUAGAUCAGUUAACCUAGAAAUUAGAGAUGGUGGAUGAGACCAUUAGAUCCUAUCUAUCCCAUUCUCCCAGGGCCAGUGCAGGAUUGCUCCCUACUGUUUCUUCUCCAAUUCUAGUUUUAAGUGACUCUGUUAAUGGGGCUUCCCUCACUUUCCUUGGGGAGACAUUGCCACAGGCUAAUUAGAUUACUUAUCUAUUUCUGUAUUUAAAGUGGGACGCUGUCAGCUUCUCCUGGACUCAAUGUUUAAGCUUCGUGGGGAGGAGGGGGAAAGUGAGAGGUGGGAAUUAUAAAAACCAAACCCCAACUUGCUAUAA